UUCCUUGCUUUAAAUUCUCUGCAUGUGUUUCUAUUGCCUCUUCGUUUUCUAUUCCGUGCCACCACCCUUUGCAAUUGUCUCUCUGUCGUUUCCCUGCCCCUUGCGCCGAAACAACGACGUCAUCAUGUAUAAGGUCACCGUUGUUGGUAGCGGCAAUUGGGGCAGUGUUGCGGCAAAGCUUAUUGCCUCCAACACCCUUAGGCUUAACUCUUUCCAUGAUGAAGUGAGGAUGUGGGUAUUCGAGGAAAAAUUACCAAGUGGGGAGAAGCUCACAGAUGUUAUCAACAAAACCAAUGAAAAUGUCAAGUAUCUCCCUGGAAUCAAGCUUGGCAAAAAUGUAGUCGCAGAUCCAGACCUUGAAAAUGCAGUGAAGGAUGCCAACAUGCUAGUGUUUGUAACUCCACAUCAAUUCAUGGAAGGAAUAUGCAAAAGGCUUGCUGGGAAAAUAAGACCAGACGCAGAGGGGAUUUCUCUUAUCAAAGGGAUGGAAGUCAAGAAGGAAGGCCCAUGCAUGAUCUCUACUCUCAUUUCCAAAAGACUAGGAAUCAAUUGUUCUGUUUUAAUGGGGGCCAACAUAGCAAAUGAGAUAGCCAUGGAGAAAUUUAGUGAAGCAACAGUUGGAUAUAGUAAAAACAAAGAAGCAGCAGAGAGAUGGGUUCAGUUGUUUAGAACUCCUUAUUUCAUUGUGACAGAUGUCCAGGAUGUUGAAGGGGUGGAACUGUGUGGAACCCUGAAAAAUGUAGUGGCCAUAGCUGCAGGUUUUGUUGAUGGCUUGGAGAUGGGAAAUAAUACAAAAGCUGCAAUCAUGAGAAUUGGUCUGAAUGAGAUGAUGGUAUUUUCAAAGAUGUUGUUUCCAUCUGUUAAGGAAAGCACCUACUUUGAGAGCUGUGGUGUAGCUGACCUUAUCACAACAUGCUUGGGUGGAAGAAAUAGGAAAGUUGGUGAGGCUUAUGCCAGAUAUGGAGGGAAGAGAUCUUUUGAUGAGCUUGAAGCAGAGUUGCUUAAUGGCCAGAAAUUGCAGGGUGUCUUAACUGCACUAGAGGUUCAUGAGGUUCUAAGUGAUCGAGGAUGCGUACACAUGUUUCCUCUCUUCUCAGCAGUUCAUGCAAUCAGCGCAGGUCGCCUUCCACCAUCAGCCAUAGUUGAAAUCAGCAAUGAAAAACCCAGAAUUGCACAAAGCAGACUUUAGAUGCAUUUCUUUUUGAAAAUCACACGUCAACGAAGACCACAUCUACAAAGAUAGAAGGUCAUCACAUACUC